AUAUGCAUAUAUACACCACCUGUCUGCACCCGUCCCGCAGUUUUGCAGAGAGGCCAAGGGCUUUUAUGCCUCCUCUCUGACUCUUGUGUCAGGGCCAUCAGUGUAGGUUUUGGACGGAUGGAUGGGAAGCUGCACCCAAAAGAAGUCAACCGAAGAGAGGAAUCAUCACAGUCUUGUCGAAAUGUUUCUGAGAUACACUGGAGUCUUAGCCUUCGCCUGCUUUGGCUUGCUUUCCCUGUCGGGGGCGUAUAAAAUAACACCAUAUGUCAUUGACGGAGUGCCUGGAUUCCUCAACGUAACUACUUCCCCAUUCGUUAAGAUUGGUGAUGGUUACUACUACAUAGAGACAAAGAUGGAAAAGAACUGGUACGACGCUUAUGAAUCUUGCCGCCGAAUGGGCGCGGACUUGAUCUCAUUCGAUAGCAUCGAAAAAUGGAAGUUAAUCAAUCAGUAUCUCAUAAAUACGAACAUUCAGGCUAGAUACUACACUUCAGGCACCGACCUGCAUUUGGAGGGCAAGCACGUCUGGUUCGCUAAUGGCCAACCUAUAACCCUAGAUAUUUGGUAUGCAAAUAACCCAAAUAAUUAUAGAAAUAUGGAACACUGUGAUGAGCUUGGCUUUAAAGAAGAGAACAGAUCCGAGACACCUGGAUUGAAUGAUGUGCGCUGUGAUUUUCCUCUACGGUAUAUUUGUGAGGCACCCAAGCCAAAGACAGCAUCGUUUAUUGUGUGGUAAAAUAUGCGAAAAAUAGAUUACUUUGAAGUAAAUUUAUAUUCGAAAAUAAUUUAAAUAAUUAACGUAAUAAUUGGAGACAAAAAAUUCUUUUCAUAAGAAGUAAAAAAGAAUACAAAAUUGAUUAAAUACCGAAAAAUACCAGAAAA